AUGGAGCUAAUCAAUUUGCUGCUCUCAUUGAUCCUUUUCUUCUUAGUGCUCUCAGUUCUAAUGUUGCUGUAUCUUACUCGUUCUCCUAAAGUAAUGGAAGGCAUCCCUGGAAGCCUUGGCUGGCCUAUUGUUGGUGAGAGUUUCUCAUUCCUCUCUGACUUUUCAAGCCCAUCUGGAAUCUUUAGUUUCAUGAACAAGAGGCAAAAGAGAUAUGGAAAGGUUUUCAAGAGCUUUGUCCUAGGGAGGUUCACAGUCUUCAUGACUGGGAAAGAAGCAAGUAAGAUAUUGUUAACUGGGAAGGAUGGAAUUGUGAGCUUGAAUCUGUUUUAUACAGGACAGCAAGUUCUAGGCCCCACCAGCUUGCUGCAAACCACUGGAGAAGCACACAAAAGGAUUAGAAGGUUGAUUGCUGAACCAUUGUCAAUUGAUGGCCUUAAAAAAUAUUUCCAUUUUAUCAACACUCAAGCAAUGGAAACAUUAGAUCAUUGGCAAGGAAGGAAAGUUCUGGUCCUUGAAGAGGCUUCUACAUUUACUCUAAAAGUGAUUGGACACAUGAUCAUGAGUUUAGAGCCUGCUGGGGAGGAGCAGGAAAAGUUUAGGUCAAAUUUCAAGAUCAUUUCUUCUUCAUUUGCCUCAUUACCUUUUAAACUUCCAGGGACAGCUUUUCACCGCGGUAUCAAGGCUCGAGAUAGGAUGUAUGAGAUGUUGGAUUCUAUAAUUUCACGGAGACGAAGCGGCCAAGACUUUCAACAAGAUUUCUUAGAAUCCUUAGUUAUGAAACACAGCAGAAAAGCAGAUGUUGGAGAAGAUGAAAAUAAACUCACUGAUAAACAGCUGAAGGAUAAUAUAUUAACUCUGCUGGUUGCAGGCCAUGAUACUACAACCGCUGCUCUUACAUGGCUUAUCAAAUUUCUUGACGAAAAUCCAACUGUUUUGCAGCAACUCAGAGAGGAACAUGGACAAAUUGUGGCAAAUAGAAAGAGUGGAACAGAUCUUACAUGGUCUGAAGUUAAUAACAUGCCUUACACAGCCAAAGUGAUCAGUGAAACUCUUAGAAGAGCCACGAUACUACCUUGGUUUUCAAGAAAGGCAUCCCAGGAUUUUGAAAUUGAUGGAUGUAAAAUUAAGAAAGGAUGGUCUAUCAACCUUGAUGUUGUUUCAAUACACCAUGACGCAGAAGUUUUCCCAGAUCCUGAAAAGUUUGAUCCCUCUAGAUUUGAUGAACCCUUGAGGCCUUUCAGCUUUCUUGGAUUUGGUAGUGGACCACGUAUGUGUCCUGGGAUGAACCUUGCCAAGCUUGAAAUCUGUGUCUUUAUCCAUCACCUUGUCAACAGAUACAAGUGGAGAUCUCUGGAGAAAGAUAAUUCUGUCCAACCAACGCUUGUAAGGAUGCCAAAGAACAAGUAUCCUAUCAUAGUUGAGGCACUAUAA